CUGUGUGGACUAGCCAGACCCUCUGCUCCACAGCAUGUGGAGGAUGGUCUGGCAAAGCGUGACUACUGGCUCAGUAACACUGAGUUACUGGGUGCCCUUUUCUAAAUCAUCCUGUGGAAAAGACAGCUUUUUCUGUUCAAGGUUUAAUUUAUAGAUCUCCUUACUCUCAUGACCUAAAUGGAUCAUGACUGGGACAGUUAUUUAAAGAGGGAUCAGUCAUGUCAUGAAGGAUCUUGUGCAUAUUAUUGAGCUUUUAUUGUAUCAUUGUUUAUUACUGUUUUGUGGUGCUGUAUGAAUUUGAAUGAUGAGUUGAGAGAUUACAUGAAUACAUUUUUACUGAGUUUUAAAUUCAUGAUUAAUCUGUUUUAGUCUCUUAUUACCAAUCCCCCUCUACUGUUUUCUCCUACAAGAACAAAUACAUCACAGACAACGUCUCCAAAAUAAUUGGCCUCUCCACUCCUAACCUUUCAGACCUGAACAGAAAAACCAUCACACACAGAUCUCACAUCAUAGCACAUAACCCCAGACCCAAACCCUCUCAAACCAUUCUUCACUGCUUCCAUCUGGCCAUAGAGACCGGACCCUGGCCUGGAAACGGGCACGCUAUGUUAGGAGGUUUGUUCCUUCUGCCAUAGCGGCACUCACAAAAAUACAUCAAUAACUGCUAUGUGUGUAGGAGCUGUGUGUACAGGUAUGUGUAGAUGCAUCUGAUGUAUUUCAGGAAGUCAUGUUGUGGUUUACAAUGUGUUUAUGUAUCUCUGAUUCAUGUGAGGCCUAGACAGUGGCAACAAAUGUCCUUGGUAAAGGACAAUAAAUAAUGUAUCCAUCUGUCUGUCUAUCUAACUGUCUGUCUGCCUUAGCAUUUACAAUUUUUUUUUAUAUGCAAUCAUUUUGACAUUUAUGUCUUUGAUCAGUUUAAUUCAAAUGUCAUGUUGUUGUCCUGUUGCCCUAGCAGCUCAGCUGGGGGAGUGGUCACCCCUCAGUCCUUACCUCAGUGUCCCGGGUUCAUGUCCGACCCGCAGGCCUUUUCUGUGUUUCGUGCCCCCUCUCUCUCUCUCACCCCUUUCCUAUCUUCAGCGAUCCUAUCAAUUACAGUAAAAGUCCAAAACAUCAUCUUAAAAAUGUCCUGGUGCUAUGAAAGAGCACGCUGAAAGGAGGUAGGAUCGUCGUAUUAAACACCUGAAUGAAUGAGAAGUGUCUACAACCAAAUGGCAUUGGCCGUUUCCAACAUUCCAAACUACACCAGGCCACAUAUGUGUCCAGCUAGUGUCAGUGUGUUGACAGGAGGAAAGUCAAAGCUGAGUUGCCCAAAAGAAGAAGUGAUAUACAUGACUCACAGGAAGAUGCAUUAUCCUGUUAAGAAUCCCCAGCACAGAGACAGAAGCGUGAAAAGAACAGGAACAGAAGAGAGAGAAACACGAUGGUUGAAUUCAGAUGGAUUAAAAUGUUUCUAUAUCUGAUGCUGGUGCUUCAGUGUACAGGCGAGUUCAGUCGUCUCAUGAAAACCAAGUAGGAGGGGCAUUUGUCUCCUGCUGUGUCACACUAACUAUAAUCACAUCAGACAUGUUUCUAUUUUAGUUUAUUUGGUUGAGGCUCAUCUCUCAUUUCGUUUACAGCGGUAACUGAACAACUUCCCCUCUCCUUCACUGUAAAGUGUGAAGUCAUUUUGCCUUGUGAAAAUUUGAUAAAUGAUCACUGUAAAUGUCACAGUAUAUAUUGUCAAUAUAUUGUCCUGGUUGAAAACAUCCUAGUCUGUAGCCAGGAAGCAGCCACUUAAUUCCUCUUAGACAAACUCAGAUUACAACAGACGUCUGUUCUCUCAUGCCCGAGUCACCAGCAGUGCCGCGCCACGGGAACCAGUGGUUUGUUGAUUUUACUCUCAUUUCUUUUACAGCGGCAACUGAAAAACUUCCCCUCUCUAUCACUGUCAGAGCUGGAGAUAAUGUCACUUUGCCUUGUGAAAAUGUGAUAAAGGAUCAGCGUGAAUGUCACAGUAUUACCUGGAGCUUCAAUCGUUUACCUGGGAAAGUAGCAGCAGAUGUGUUUGUAGGAGGGCAGAUUGUUAAAAACUCCAAAGCUAACUCAGACAGACUGACUGUUGCAGAGAACUGUUCUCUGGUUAUAAAGAAUGUCACAGAGGAGGAUGUUGGUCGUUACCACUGCAUACAGCCUAACAAAUUGCCUAACCAUGUUGAUAUGUCUGUUGUUACCAUGACUGAACAGAAGGACAAUAACAAUGUGAUGUUAAACUGCUCUGUGUCGACAUAUGAAUGGUGUGGACACUCAUUGAAGUGGCUGUAUCAGGGUAGAGAUGUGGAUAAAGAUAACAAUAAUUUGAAGACAUCACAGUUUAACUGCUGGACCAGUGUGACCUUCAUGACUUCUCAUUAUAUUUACACGUCAGAGGGUAAUUAUAAGUUAUUGAAGUGCAACGUGACGGAGGCUCACACUGGAAAAGUGAUCACCUUAGGCCUUCAGUCUUCAGGAGAGAACAAAACAGCACCUAGAAGCAAAGAUUCCACCACAAAGUCACAAGGUUGGUGGUGGUUGUACAUCAUUGUGCCUGUGGGUUUAGCAGCACUCUUCAUAACUGUCGUGGCACUCAUCAGAAGGAGGAGAAAUAAAGGGAACAAAUCACACGAGGAAGAAAACGUGGCUGAUCCUGAAGGUGGUGUUUCCUACGCCUCCGUCAGCUUCACCAAGAAGACCAACAGCAGAGACCAGGUUCAGGACGGUGAGGAUGCAGUGACCUACAGCACUGUGAAAGCUCCCUCCUCUUCUGCUGGAUCCUCGGCUGAUCCCAGAUACCUCUACGCCACCGUCAACAAACCAAACAAUAGCACAGUAUAGUUACAUUUAAGAUGAUUACAUUCAUUUUACUUGGAUUGUUCAUAAGUUAAAGCCUUCACUCAUUUCACGUUGCUUUUUGGCACUGUAUGAAUUCUUGUGGGGUAAAUGAUCCGCAAUCCAAAUCUUGGAGAGUAUUUUAAGCCUCAUGCUAUAUAACUCAGUAAUUUAUUGUAUGUUUUUUUGGAUACAGGUGCACAACUGCAUUUUAACAUAAGUGUUUGCUUUUCAUUUCUGUAUUGCUGUAAAAAA